AUGACUAUUACUACAACCACCACGGCACACAAUGAUGGUCAAGGAUACGACUGCGACGACCAAAAGAGGGCUGCUCGAAAGCCGCUAGCCAGCAAAGCAGCGAGCAAGCAUGCCCCAAUGAAAACAUUACCGCCCUGGUCCUGGAAGGCUUUGCUGGACGGACACUGCACGCUGGGCUGCGCUGCAUAUCUGACCGCCAGUUCAUCAUCAGACCAAGGCAAGGGCCAAGCCGAGCACCACCAGCAUCAGCACCAGCAACAGAACCAGCGAGGCAAGGCAAGGCAAGGCAAAGCACCACUUGACCAGACGGAAAGGGAGGCAUUCCCAACACUAGACAAGACAGACUUUGUAAAGGCUGUUCCUGGCUCGCCCUCAUGGAUAUGGCCAUGGGACAUUGGUAGCCGGGCAUGA